UAUUAAUCUCUACCGUCGAGGGGGAGCAACAGACCGACAUUUGAUUUGGCAGAGAGGAUACCAGCCGACGACCGCCUCCUACCUGCAUCCCAAAGAACGUAUUGAUACUGUACCACUUUCUUAGGAGAUCUCUGUAUCCGCAGUAACGACGAUGACAGGCACUGAUUCGUCUCUGGUAGUGGCAUCCCGGGCUCUCUGGGAUGCUCGUCCUACAACGGGCAAGAGAUCCGAACAAUUCCUGGCAAAUGCGUUGGGAUAUCCAAGAAGUUGGAGAGUGGUCCGACGACUCGUUGAAACCGCCACAACAAGAGAUGAAGCAGGAGGAGACAAUGAGAAGGAAGAGUCACCAUGCUUGAUGAUUGUGGAUCGUAUUUACGCAGGUACUCCUCAAGAUGGUGUGGAUACGUACUUGAAUCAUGCCGCCGCACAACAGGCCGCAAGUGAAUGGGAAGAGGGCGUGUCCACAGGAUUCCAAGCCAGGGGAGGUCAACUGUUGCCUCGCAAACCCAAAUUCCAAAAAGGAGAUCAUAUCAAGGUGCUCUACGAUGGUGUUUGGUGUUUGGCCACAGUCAAGAAACGAAUUGAAAAGAAGGGCGAUGGCUCUUUUCGAUACACAGUUUACUACCCCGAAGAUGGAACCACGCAACAUCAAGUUCCCGAAGAAAGCAUUGCACUGCAAGACAAAUCAGACAAAAACGAUGCUGAUGAGGCGGCUAGUAGUAAUGAAGAUGCCCAUGCACUGGCACAAGAAAUGGGAUUUGGACCAGAUUGGAAAGCCAAACAGCAAAUCACUGGGAAAAAGAAAAAGAGCAAAAAAUGGACUUUUAUCAGUCCGGAUGGAAAAACUUUUCAUACCAAAACAGCCGCUAUGAAACACAAGACCGAACUGGAACAAAAGGACAAUAAUCCAGAGUCAGAAACAACCACAGGCAGGAGGGCCACAAGGAAUAAAGGCAAGAACAAGAACGACGACCAAAAAAUCGAAGAUGAAGGCGAUCCUCCAUGGAGAACUCAUGGACACUCCUAUAUUGGACGCCGUGUCAUGAUCACUACAGAGCACAAAAAAUCGGCCAGGCGCAAAAUACAGGUGGAGCAAGUUGGCACAGUGCUUGGAUUUAUUGCCGAUACCGAUGUCGACAAACAUGGAAAUCCAGGCUUUAUUUCCGAUCGAACCAAUGACCCGGCCAAUCUGUUUCAUGUUGUAUUCGAUGAUGAGCCAUCUCAUCCAUACUUCCCACUGCUGGUGGAAAGUCAAGACUUGGAAGAAUAUGAAUUAGAAAUGGUAUUGCUGCCAGAAGAGGAAGCCCCAGCAGCAGCUGCUGCCGCGCCUGGAAACGAGCAAGCCACAGCGAAACAACCAGCCAAGGGGGAGUAGAGUCUAGUCACAGUAAUUUGUUGGAUCGACAAAACCAUGAACUCGAGACCUGCCUUUUAGGUUUAGUAGAAAUUGCUGUAUGCACUAGUUUGAGCUUGCAAUGCUGUUUCUGUUCUACAGCGUCCUGUACUACCGGUGGCA